GUUGCCGGCAACCCCGUCCCCAUCGGACAGAAUCAUGAUAGCCCUCACUCGGGUACCUCCGAGACUUCUGAUCCCAUACCGACAUACCUGGCCCGGUUCCUCGUGCUUGCCCGCCACCACGCCUCACGGAAUGUCACAGUGCGGCUCCGGCUGCCUGCUACCACACAGGCGGCAUUGGAUGAGAUUGCUACAACCCUGGAAGGUGACUUCUUUAGCCACUUUUCUCAGCUUGUCCCGACAAAGCAACAGCUGUCUGCACAUUGGGGUACUGUCGUGGCUUUGCCGGCUUGGGCACAGGAUGAACCUAUGUGUGUCUUCGAUUUACGGGAAAUCGAUGGCAGGGUCUAUGUUGUCGACCUGCCUUCACGCAUCACAUAUGCAGACCUGAUUCGGAAGGCCGAUCUCGACCCGGAUCUUCGAUAUGCUGUAUACCCCUUUGGUGCCGGACGCCCGAUGGAUGCCACUGUCGACCUCGUGCUGAUACCAUAUGGGGUCAUCUGCUUCUGUCGACCUGAUUCCUUGGUGCCCCAUGCGCCCAGCCUCUCAUAUGUGCUUUCCAGUCUUGCGCAUUGGAACGAGAACGAUCCUAUUCCAACCAAUGUGGUGUGGAACCAGGCGCAGCAGGUUUGUCUAGUACAUGAGAAUGGCAUGCAGGGAUUCACCCUUCUUCCGGGCCGUUCAGAACACCGUAACCUAGAUGUCGCUAAUGCACUAGGGUUGCCUUAUCACUGGACAACCAUACAGAUAGCCUACCCGCCCAUUCGUGAUGUUGUCAUUGAUGGCAGGCGGUGCAAAGGUGUUGCCAGUGUCACUGAUCAGGUACCCAACAUACCUGUCCCGCCGCGACGCCCAGGGUUCAACGCCUUCACUAUCAUUGUGGAUUGUCGACCCCUGCUCAUGGGACUGGAUCAGUGGAUAGUCACAGAUCAUGACUGCUCCCAUACCGAAAUGGUAGAGCACUACGAUUUGUGGGCUCCACCUGAUCAUCAGGUUCAGAUUGACGGGUCCCCUCUUGAAGGAGACCACCUCCUAGUCGCGCCAGGUCAGGUGUUAGUGGUGCAAUAUGUUCCAGUAACACCUCCCAGUGCUGUCCCGACAGAGAACCGCUCUCUCGGUCCAGAUAUUUCAGAGCCAGAGAUGAGUGCGGAUGAAGGGGGCUUCGACGAAACCUCGUUGCCAGACGGCCCUUACAGUGGCUUUGGUGACAGUGAUGCACGCAGCCGUACCCCUCGACGUUCACCUGUCGCUCCCGGUGAGUCCUUUCGGCUCAACCCCACGUGUCAGCAGCUUUAUGCAAGGCCGCCACCCUCAUCCACUGUCAAUUCUGCUGCACACGGUGUAGCUCUUGGUUUCCUUUGCCAGCUGACCACUCCUGCAGCGGCUGGUUUGCGCAUGCUACUUUCUACGUUUCUCUUUGGCCAAUGUACCACGCCUGUGGCUGCGUGCGCCCUCGGCAGUGAGACACACCAUGAUUUUGGACCUGCUGGGACAAAUUGGUUCACCGUCUUUGGGGUUCUCUUCCUCUUCUGCCUUCUCGGUGGUGUUUCCUGGAGCCGAGAGGUUAGACUGUGCACCCGCUGCUACACACUUGCCCGACGUAACUCCGACAGUAAGGGUGUACACUAUCGGCAGACUAAAGAGAUCCAUGCCAAGGAGGCUAAAUUACUGGUGGAGCCACAAGGCAGUACCGCCCACGAAAGUCGGCACUUGGCAUUCCUGAGAGCAAUUGUUCUACAACUCGGGGGCAGGUGGCUUUAUGAUGAAAGGCCAGACUUCAUAGGGGUUGAAGAUGAACUCGACGACGUCGACAGCACAUCCGCAUCAGAGGAAGAAGCACUCGUCCAGGUACAGUGCCAGGUCUUAAAAAUAGGCUAUACGCCAGAACGUGUUAUCGCCAUCACGCGUAUUCCUGCUACCCUUGACGAAUUCGCAUACGCUGUCCAGGCGACGAGAUCUCCAGAUACUCGAAGGCUCUACCCAGCACUGAUGCCAGUGACACCACAGCCAAUGCCGGGAUGGGCCAUCUACCUUGCUGGCCCAUCUUGGGCCCACAGCUUCCCUGGCGUCUGUUUUGACACUACUGCCAUUGAUGGCAGGCUUUUUUCUCUACCGGCACCUGAUUAUGCCACUAAAGAAGAGCUUGUCGCCCUAGCCAAUUGCAGGGAUAGGCGGCCCGAUGACGUGGAAGUUAUAAUCGGUGCGGACUCGUUGCCUCUUUUACGAGGUCAGGUCACUCACCUCUUUCCUGGUUCCCUGAUCCGUUUCGCCAAUGCGGGAACGGUUGCACAUGCCCUUACGGACUUGGGCCAGUUGUUACUCCAAUCUGCCCCAUGGCAAACGGUCAUUGUUCUGCCCGUUUUCCCACCAGUGGAUGUGUACUGUGUUGUCAGCACAGGCGAAUGCAGGUUAUGCUUCGCAGAUGCGCAUAAUCCCUUACAAUAUCGACGAGCAAUAGCUCGGGUCGCGGAAGUCAAUGAGCAAUGCAUGCGAAUUCAGGCCGCACAGCCGCGCCCGCUUGAUGCAGCUGUCGCUGGCUAUGCCUGCCGCACCAUUCUUGCAGUCGCCGUUGCCCCUACCACACGUGAGGUUUCCCAGUGCAGUUGCCUAGUUGACUGCCGUCCCAUCCAGCAAGGCUGGUUAGCAGUCACAGCCUAUGCAGGGGAACUAGACCUCACCGUUUUGUGCGCACAGUUUGAAACUGGUGCGCCUCGCGGUUGGACUGUCGUCAUGCAUCCCAGUAGUGACACAGGCCGUAUCAGGGUUGUGCCAGGCCAGAUUUUCAUAGUCGAAUAUGCGCCACAGGAGCGCACGACCGAGGCAGCUCCUAGCCUUGCACGUGCCAAUGACAAUACCGGCUCAGUCGCGUCAUCUGCUGCCGCAGAAGCGACACAACCCAGUGAUGCGUCGCCCACCUCUGAGACCACUGAUGUUCUACCUGCUGCCUCUGCAUCCGGCCGCGGGCCGGUACAAUCAGAGCUUGUGCCCUUCCUGCUUUUUGCGCAAGAAUAUUGGCCAGAGUUGAUCGUCCCAUCUCUUCGCUUCCCACUUCGCCUUGAAGAGGCACUGACCACAGUUACGCAGGUUCGCCUCCCAGAGGCGCAAAUGCGACGCCCAAGGUUAAUCCCCGUCUUCCCACAGCCCCGGACACAACAAAUCUGUGUGUUAGCCUUGCCGCAUUGGAAUACUGCUGGAGUCGCGGUCCUGAUCGAUCGCCGAGUUGCUCCCUGCCGUACCUUUGCAGUCUUCUUACCGGUCUAUUUUACCAAAGCCGAGGAACAGGAUUACGUUUAUGUCGAAGCCGGGGAUCUUCUUGUCAUUUGUGAUGUCGAAGACGAUCUUGUUCUCGCGUUGAACUGGGCACUCUGUUGGAUUAUUGAGUAUGGCCCUGCGUUUCAUUGUCCUGUCUGCCUACAGUACGACUGUAUAGCUGCGGGGGACGGCGCCUUCUCCAAGGCAACGCCCGCGCAGCUACCGUCCCUUGAGGGAUAUCCAGCCCUUAGCCAUACAACUGUCGCCCUCCGCCAGAUCGCCGCCAUGCGGGUUGACUUACGUCACUCGCAUAUCCGUGGCCACCACGGCGACUUAGGCAAUGAAAUGAGCGAUGCGCUAGCAAAGCAGACUAGAUUCGCUCCAGAUCCCUAUGAAGAAAGAAUGCUGCCUAGCUGGCCUGGACAGUUGGUCCUCCAUCCUAUGCUAGAUUGGGCGUGGAUGCUUGCCAGACCCGUCAUAGAUAUGCCUACACUUUAUGCUUUCGAGGCAGAGGCCAGCCGUCUCCAGCAAACUAUCCCUGCUGCCAGGGUCGGGGUAAACUCGAGGGAAUCAAAAUCCAUGGACGCCGACACCUACUUGUACGACAGUCAGUACGGAUGUGCAUUAUGGAUCAGUCGGUCCAUUCCCUAUGCUACCUGCGCUGGACAGCGACACUAUAUUGAGCUGUCGCACUGUACCGUCGCAGCAUAUUCACCGCGCCAUCUUCUGGUCCACAUUACUGCUCCGCAUCUCAAGAUUGCUAUUUUGGUCGCACACGCACCCGCCGACUCCCAAGACAAUGGCGGUGUUGUCCGGGCCUUCUGGGGAGAACGAGCAAAGGAGCUCCGCCGCAUCCCUGCGGACUCCCCUCUUCUCAUACUUAUGGACGCCAAUGGGCGUCUGGGCAAUCUGGAGAGCUCGACCGUCGGACCUCAAGGAGCAGAGUUGGAGAACCCGGCAGGCACUGCUCUCCAUGAGUUCCUCCUAGCACAUAGGCUUUACCUACCUUCGACCUUCCCGGAGAUCCACCACGGAGACUCCUGGACAUGGCAAUAUGUGCCUGGUACCGAGCAUCGUAUUGACUACGUUGCCGCUUCUGAACAGUGGCGCCAAGUCACCCAAGACACCUACGUGUGGUACGAUAUAGAAACUUUGCAGAAAAAGUGUGACCACCUCCCUGUUGUAUGGAGCUGUGAGUUUGCCCGCACCAUUGGCCAGUCUCACCCCACCUUUAGGCGGUCCGCAUGCCGUCCGAACCACCUCGAUCCACACCUUGAUUGUAAGGCUUUCCAGCAAGGUGUUGAAGACCUGACUCCCGUCCCUUGGCAGACCGACGUGGACGCUCACUAUCUGCACUUUGCUCGCGGUUGGAUCAGUCAAGGUCGUACAGUUAUGCCCAAGAAAGCACAACGUCCCCAACAGACCUUCUUGACCCCCGACACCCUUGAGCGCGUUCGGGAGCGUAAGCUCCUACGUCAACGCUUAGGUGAGGCAGAGGCUGAGGUUGCCAAACGGCACUACAUCGUCGGCUUUGCUGCACUCACCCACAACCGGGCCGGCACAGAGCUCUCGACUGAAACAACCAUGCAAACCUACCGAUGGCUAAGAGACGCGGACCGCGUCGUUGCACAGUGUUGGAUCGCCCUUCGCCGUUCUUGUUUGCAAGUACGAAGUGCUGUCAAGCAAGAUAGGUUGCAAGAUGGUUCCCUCGCAGCUACCACCCAGGAACGCUCCAGUCGUUGGCGUUUGCAUUUUGCGGCGCAAGAGCUGGGAGAAGAGGUGUCCCCCAAGGUCUAUGUCCAGCAACUCGCUGCGAUCGAUCAAGACCGUCUUGGCCUCAUUUUCUUUGACGUCAAGGCCGCCUACUAUCAGGUCAUAAGAGAAACUCUUACCGACGCCGAGCCAGACGAUCGUGUGUUGCUUAUGCUCUUUCGGAAAAUCGGAGUCCCGGAUACAGCAUUGCCAGAGCUGUUCGACCACCUGAUUCGCCUUAACCAUAUUGCGGAUUAUGGUGGUUCCGCGCACUUGGUCACUAUGACUCGCGAGCUUUUCGCAGGCCUUGAGCGCCCGCGCACCCUCUAUCCGGCCUCAUGGGCUGACGACUUCGUUGCCCUUACUGCCGCACAGUCUGGACCGCAUCUUGUCGCCAAGGUUCAGGCUAUCACUGCCUGCUACCUAGCCAAAGCCACUGCUAUAGGCAUGCAACUUACCUUUGCCAGCGACAAAACUGCUGUCAUUCUGCCACCCUCCGUUUACCAUGCAGUGUCCGAUGCCCUCAUCCUCACUGACACUCCAGAUGCCCCUAAGCACAUCCCAAUAUGGGAUCCGGUUGCAGUCUGCAGUCAGCGAUUGCCCGUCGUACAGGCCUUCAGGCACUUAGGAGGUAUUGUCACCAGCGGGGCCUCAGUAGCCCCAGAGAUUCAUUACCGCUACUCGCAGAGCACGUGGACGCUGAGGCCUCUCCGAGGUCCUCUGUUCGGUAAUGCAAGCAUCCCUUUAGCACUGCGCAAGUAUUUACUCGGAGCGUUGGUCGGUUCUAAGUAUACUUUCGGGUCUGCCACCUUAGAACUGCAUGUCGCUGGCCAUUGGCGACUUUGGGCCAGAUUGUACACGUCUAUCUGGAAAGCCCUCCGACCCAGGACCGAGGUAUCUUCCAAGCUGCAUUCAUACGAGGCGUUGCACAUGGCCAGCGCAACGACACCUCCGCUGGCCCUAGCUAAAGCCAGGGCAGGCCUUUAUCUACGCCUGAUAAAAUAUGGACCAGCCACUCUCCUACACUUGCUGUGGCUCCAGUGGGAAGCCUCGCCCGCCCGGUCCUGGCUGACCCAGCUGAAGGAUGAUUUGCGACAUGUCAGCCUAUAUCAAUCAGGUGUCAGUACUGUUCUGGCGACUGCCGCGCCAGUCCUCACCCUUUCUGAUGCUAUUGUCACCGACCACACAUGGUGGCGUCGCCAAAUCAAUGCAGCUAUCCGCACUUGUGCGAAGGACCUUGCGGACUGGGUUUCUACCAGGGCCAAGCUGGGAGCCCAGGAUCCCCCGGCACCUCAUAUACCGGAUACCAUCCAAGAGUUUCCAUGCCCCUUCUGCGAUUCCAGCUUCCCUUUGCGUAAGCAUUUAGGGGUACACGUUGCCAGGCGUCACGGCCUGCCUGCUCCGGCGCGUCUGUACGCCCCACACCCCACGUGUGUCACCUGCCUACGUUACUUUCACACCGUGCCGAGACUUCAAGGACACCUCAAGGCUUCAAAGGCGUGUCUAGCCAGAGCUUGCGAACUCCUUGAUCCCAUGAGUCUCGUAGAGGUGCGGGAAGCCGAAUUGGAGGACAAAAGUCGGCUCAAGCGUAUGCGCCACGGCGAGUGGCAGAAAUACCAGACGGCCCCUCCCGCCCUUCCUUCAUCCGGGCCACCUCAGCCGACUAGGGCCGAACUCCUGGCACAUCUAGGUGACGAGGCACCCAUUUCACUGCUGCGCCGGUCAAAUCCUGAUCCAAAAAUUUUGGCCUGGGUGCUCGCAGAAGUACCCAAAAGCUCCACUGAGCCCCAGCGUACUGGCACAUGCAGUUUCUGGAUGCACCGUGUCGCCUAG